UAAUGCUCAGUUGAGGCUGGUUGCCAACCGCUAUAAAAAUCGAAGAAAAAGAAGAAAGUGUCGAAGGUUCAUUGCUGAAUAAUAUAGUUUAGUGAUCUGCAUUUUAGUGGGGAAAGCUGCUGGAUGUUAAAGUGCGAUAGAGAAACUGACAAAUAAAAAAACCAUGAUCAGGAUAUUAUUCAAGACUGCAGGAGGAGGGAAGAUAUCAACCCUUAAGCGACAUAAACUCGGGAUUCUUCCCAUAUUUUGGGUGAGAAUCCAAAGUCAAACUACAGAGCCUUGCAUUGCAGCCAAGCACCCUUUCAGAGUGGAUGUGAAAUCAGGCCAGCGUUAUUCUUGGUGUGCUUGUGGAUACAGCAAGAAACAGCCCUUCUGUGACGGUUCCCACAAGGCUUUGGCUCCAAAGAUAUCCCCGUUCCGCUUCAUACCCGAGCAAGAUGGCACGUUGUUGCUCUGUGGCUGCAAGCACACCAGUAAUGCCCCGUACUGUGAUGGCACACACAAGCAGGACUUUGUGCAAAAGGUUCCACUGCCACCAACAUCACAGCCAUGACAUAAGGCUUCAAAUGGAAUAAACCCCUUCUUGAUCCUUACAAUACUUUGAUUAAUUAAAUGAAUUGCAUGUUAAAUGUAAGUCUGACGAAAUUGCGUGAGGCAUUUUGGUUCAGUAAGAUAGUCAGAUGCUGAUGUAAUUGUGUUUUAUAUUGCUGGAUAUUUUACUGGAGCAGUUCAGAUUUAGUACCUUUGCCUAAAAGCAUCAGACGACUGCUGGGAUGUGAGCCUGCAAGCUUCAAAUUAUACGUCUGUGUCCUUAAUCAUAUUGUUACCUGUUGCCUAUGGCUAGAUCCAAAUCGGGAUAUUAAUGUGGUAUGUAAAUUGGCAUUAGUAUGUUUGUGCAACAGUCAGCGAUAUGGAGUGCUCUUUAAGGUUUGCAGAUAAAAAAAUUAAAGUAUUAUUAAAAAUAGAAACCUUGAGAACUAUGCAAAUAUGGAUGAUUCUGCCAGACUCCAUUGCCAUUGGAAUAUUCAAAAAUGCAAACAUAAUAGGAACAUUUAUAGUGUUCAUAUAUUCAAUAAAAAAAUUUAAUGUAAUUGUUUGCAGUUAUAAUAAUUGUUUUGUCAGGAGUCAGUGAAUGAAUAUGGUUUUGAGACUGGUCCACUGCUAUCGAAGGCACUUCACUUGCUAAAGGAAUAACUCAAAACUCUUUGGUGGAUCUUUCUCAAACAUUGCAGAGGCAUUAUAUGGUUGCUGAACUGGAACAGAUAAAAAAAAUGUAUACAGAUCACCCCAAACUUGAAGCAGCCCUAUGAAGUUUCAGCAAUGGAGUGGGUGAAAGUCAGCUGUGUUUUGUAUAUAACAGGGUAAAGUUAAUGUCGUGUCAGUAUUUUUUGUUACAAGUUCAGAGCCUUGUAACUCCUACACUCCUUUCAAUAAAAAAACAAAUUUUUUGUUGUUUGAAUUUACAA